UACCAUAAUCUCCCAAUUGCUAACUAAAUUACACUAAUUUAAAUGGUUCACCUAACUCAAAUAUAUGAUUAAUUAAUAGAAAUAAUAAGGUGUUGAAAUUCUUUAAUCAUUAUUAAAUACAAUCAAUUAUUGUAAUGCAAAUAACUAUGAUCUUUUAUUAACUAUCUAAAUAAUUUAUAUAAUUUCCCAGUCUAUUCCCGUAGAGUGUAGACUAUAUAAAACGCCACAUUCAACGAAGAAACAUUACACAACCUGCUUCUGUCGGUGCAAAGUUUCAUGAGUUAGAGUUUUGCUUCUGAGUUCAAAAUGAUGAAGAAGAAACAGAACGCGUACGGCGGAAGUAGAACAAGAGAAACGGCGUCGUGCCAUUCGAGAGAACAACAAUCCGAAUGGGAAAUGAGACCCGGUGGAAUGUUGGUACAGAAAAGAACCGGGAAACCGGAUGCUCCGGUUCCGAAUUUGCGGCUUCGAAUAGCCUACGGUGCGCUCCGUUACGAAAUAUGCCUCAGUUCCUCAAGCACAUUCGGGGAGGUGAAGAAGGUAAUGAGCGAGGAAACGGGAUUGAAGGUGGAAGAACAGAGAGUAGUAUACAGAGGAAAAGAGCGGGAAAAUGGUGAGUUUUUAGAUGUGUGUGGAGUCAAAGAUCGCUCAAAGUUGGUGUUGGUUCAAGAUCCUUCUAGUAUUGAGAGAAGAUUCAUUCAGAUGCGUAUCAAUGCUAAAAUCCAAACUGCAAAUCGUGCCAUCAAUAAUGUGUCUCUGCAACUUGAUCAACUCGUAGACCAAGUAACUGCGAUUGAAAAGUCAAUUUUGAAGGGAGUCAAAGUACCUGAAGUUCAGAUCAUAACACUUAUUGAGAUGCUUAUGAGACAAGCAAUCAAAUUAGAAAGUAUUUCAGCAGAAGGGGAUGCUUCUGCACAGAAAAUAUUACAGGGAAAGAGAGUGCAGAAAUGUGUUGAAACUCUGGAUCAACUAAAGACAUCUAAUGCAACAAUAAAGCCUAUGGUUGUUACAACCAAGUGGGAGACCUUUGAUCAUCCUCCAACCCCAACCAAGUGGGAGUUAUUCGAAUGAUUUUUCUCAUCCCCUCUUACCUCUCUAUCCCCUUAUUUUCUUUUCUUUUUUAAUACUAGUAUCUCAAUAUUCUUUGUCAAUAGUACUUAUUUUCUUUUUUUGGGUGGAAUUGUCAAUAGUACUUAUAACCUUAUUAUUUCUGAACUCAAAUGUUUGCUGUGAUGAAUAAUGAUAUUGAUACCAUAAAACUACUAA